UGUAUAGUCAUUCAUGCCUAACUUCAUCUUUGCUUUUAUCGUUUUUCUUGGAUAUGAUAAUAUCCAUUAUUUUUAUUUUUAUUUAUAUAUUUUAUUUGUUUUUGUUUGAAGUCUGAACUCUGAAGCUUCCUUUGAAUUUAUUAUCUAUCAUUUUAGUUAUUUGUUAGAGACAGUCCCUCUGAGUCAAUCGAAAACCCUCUCCUUUGAAUGAUUUUCUUUCUGCAUCCUUUGCUUAGAUUCUUGAGUAAAUUCUGGAAAAAAAGCAGAUUUUUGUCUAGGAGGUUUUGUGUUCUGCUAACUGUAUCUCUCACUAUGGAUCCUUGAAGGUCUGCUGGGUUGGGGUUUGUUUUACGUUGGGAACCUGAAUUGAAUUUGCAGCCUUGUUGGAAGACGUAUUGCAGUUAUAAGAUGACUCAGGAGAGCUGUUGUGAAAUUGACGGAACCUAUGGGAGAUUUUGGGGUUAGGGUUCCUGAAUUCCGGGUUUUCUUUAAUUGGGUGGGCUUGACGAAUUACUGAAGGUGGUUACUUACUUCUGUAUUGAUCGCCUGGUCCUAUUCUCGAGGUGAUGGUUCAACUCAGCUUCCAUUGUUGGGUUCUUCAGUGAUCAAUGGACAAGGAAGUUGCAAACCCUAAUAGCUGCAAAAAUAAGCUAUCAGCAAAGAUUGAGUCUCAAAAGUUUGUGAUUCGUUCUGAUAGGGACGAGGACAAUGAAUCAAGCUCUUUGUUGUCGCCUCGAAGAGGUGGAAUGUCAAAAAAGCCGAGGAAGGCACGGCGGAAAGUCCAGUGGAAUGAUAGAAAUGGUAAUAAUCUUGUGGAAGUUUUGGAAUUCCAACCAAGAUGGAUGUCCAAACUCUAUACUCUUUUAUUCCUGGGAACUGGAACAUCUUAAAUGCCAAAAUCCAUAAAUAGUCUUCUGGCUUGAUUUUAGGCAGUUGGCAACACAUCUUGGGGCUCUUAUGAACAAAUAAAGGAAAGAUAUAUCUUUAGUUUUUGUUGUUUUUCAUUUUAUUGGCAGGAAGUUGCAAAACUGCCUAUCCUACAAUGUAACUAAAAAGAGAGAUUAAACUCCCCUGAGACCUUUAUCUGACUGUAAAGCUACAGCUUCAACAUCACAUUUUUCUUUUUCUUUCCUUUAUUUAACUGUUCUCCCUAAGCACAGAUGUACUUCUUACCCCUCUACUUUUGAGGUCUUGCCAGUAGCCACAUCUGCAAUCUUCCAGCAGUAUUCAAUUGUUAGCAUUUUCCAAGUAUUAUGUUAAGAGGUAUAUUGUUUAUUGCUUUAUAUGUUUAACCCCGGAGGGGAUGAUAAAGCUUCCAAAAAUGAUGUGUCUUUUAUGUGUUAUAAAAGUUUGUGGACCUAACAUAUAACACACUUCUGGAAAUAGUCCAUUGUUACUACUUCAGUAAACCUUCACUUAUGUCUCAAGAAAAAGAAGUGCAUGCAUCUUUUAAAAUCUUGUUUUCUUGUGUCAGAUCUAGAAUGAAAAAGAACUAAUAUUUCAUGCUUCAUGAACAUAACAUUUCUACUUGAACAUGUAAAAGAAAAGGUUCCAGUGGAGAAUAUAAUCUUGCAUGUGUGAUGAUAGAUAUAGAAAGAAUAGUUGUUGAUAGAAUGCUAAUCGCUUGAUCAUUAAUCUUCAUUCUUCAUUCCUCGUUUUUUUAUGUAUUAUCUUAACUUCAUUCAUGAUCUCAUGUUUG